AUGAUUCCACAGUCUUCUUCUUAUUCUAGUUUCGAUUUCCUGUCUCACGCCACUGUAUCACGUCGCCUGCUCUGUCCUUGCUCCAAUGAGCACGGCCUUAUUGUGUUCUGCGCUGGAUUCGCGAGGAGGCGGGUUCUCCGUCGGAAGACCAGAGUUCCGGUGACGAAUGCGAACUCCAGGUUUGUUUCCUGCGGAAUUCGCGGGGGUUCGACGAAGAACGUAGGAUUAGCGGAUUCGGGGAGAAGACUUGUGGCUGCUCGGUUCUCGAAUGAAUUCGAGGACGAACGGGAAUCAUCGCAGGAGUCUGCAAUUCAGGGUGACCGAAACGAUUUCACUAGCUUUAGAGAAGACCCGAUUGUGGAUAAGCUCAGGACUCAGCUAGGCGUUAUCCACCCAAUCCCGUCGCCGCCAUUGAAUCGCAACGCGAUUGGUCUGUUCGCGUUUUUUUUCUUCGUUGGUGUUGCUUGCGACAAGCUAUGGGCGUGGAGAAAGAGGCGGAGACAAACCGGUGGGGAACGAGGAGCCGGGUUAUGGCCACAGGUUCCCAGCAGCUUCUCGUUGUCCCUCGAGAAGGACUUGCAGAGGAAAGAGUCGGUGGAGUGGGUGAACAUGGUGUUGGUGAAGCUCUGGAAAGUUUAUAGAGGUGGGAUUGAGAACUGGCUCAUUGGAUUGUUGCAGCCAGUGAUUGAUGACUUGAAGAAGCCAGAUUAUGUGAAGAGAGUCGAAAUCAAACAAUUCUCUCUUGGUGAUGAGCCCUUGUCUGUUAGAAAUGUGGAGAGGAGGACAUCACGCCGUGUCAAUGACUUGCACUAUGAGUUCAAAGGUAAAGAAACUGAAACAGUAGUGACAUUUUCGGGCAUGAGACCUACGGAUGCAGUACACUAUUGGUAUCAGAUUGGUCUUCGGUAUACUGGUGGUGCCCGCAUGUUGUUAUCGCUCUCUUUGAAAUUUGGUAUCAUCCCAGUAGUUGUGCCAGUCGGUAUUCGGGAUUUUGACAUUGACGGUGAGCUUUGGGUUAAAUUAAGACUGAUACCGACAGAGCCUUGGGUUGGAGCUGCAUCAUGGGCUUUUGUAUCACUUCCAAAGAUCAAAUUCGAGUUGGCACCAUUCCGACUGUUUAAUCUAAUGGGAAUUCCUGUUCUAUCAAUGUUCUUGACCAAACUGCUGACAGAAGAUUUGCCUCGACUAUUUGUACGCCCUAAGAAAAUUGUCUUGGAUUUCCAGAAAGGAAAAGCUGUUGGACCUGUUUCAGAAGACCUAAAAUCUGGAGACAUGCAGGAAGGGAACAAAGAUUUUGUUGGGGAAUUGUCUGUUACUCUUGUAGAUGCGCAGAAACUUCCAUACAUGUUCUCUGGUAGAACGGAUCCAUAUGUUAUUUUACGAAUGGGUGAUCAGAUUAUCCGCAGUAAGAAGAACAGCCAAACUACUGUGAUUGGGGCUCCUGGUCAGCCGAUCUGGAAUCAGGACUUCCAAUUCCUUGUUUCAAAUCCUAGAGAGCAAGUACUACAAAUUGAAGUCAACGACUGUCUUGGAUUCGCUGAUAUGGCUAUUGGUACCGGAGAGGUUGAUCUCGGAUCACUGCCAGAUACAGUUCCUACGGACAGAAUUGUUGUUUUGCGAGGUGGUUGGAGUGUGUUCGGAAAGGGAUCUGCUGGAGAAAUACUAUUGCGGCUUACAUACAAAGCAUACGUGGAGGAUGAAGAAGAUGAUAAACGCAAUGCAAAAGCCAUUAAUGCAGAUGCGUCCGAUGAUGAAAUGUCUGAUUCGGAAGAACCUACCUCAUUCGUGCAGAAUGACAAGAUUCCUUCUGAUGAUCUUAGUCAAGAGUCAUUUAUGAAUGUGCUGUCUGCAUUGAUUUUGAGCGAGGAAUUUCAGGGCAUAGUUUCAUCAGAGGCUGGGAACAUUAAACCUAAUGAAGGUGAAUCAAGCGUGUCACCAGUACCUUCCAAGGCUGAGGCGGACUCAAAAUCUCGACCGGAAGAUCCUGGUAAUGGGGGCAUAUCAAAUUUGGAAGUGAAAAACGCGAAUCCUGAUAAGGCUUCUGUUAAUGAUGGAGGACUAGCAUUAUUGUGGUUCAGUGUAAUCACUUCUGUACUGGUGCUCGUUGCUAUCAACAUGGGCGGCUCAAGUUUCUUCAACCCGUAA